AAUAUCCGCAUACGUUCUGUGACAGGAGUUGGGUUCUACAUGCCAGCAGGGAAGAUCAGAGGCACAUUGGCAUCACGAUUCCUGAUGGUGGAUGGUGAAAAGGUGGCCACUGGGUCAUACAGCUUCACAUGGAGUUCAUCCCACAUUGACAGAAACAUCCUGCUAGUCUUGACAGGACAGCACGUGGAGAUGUUUGACGUUGAGUUUCGUGAGCUCUAUGCCAUCUCAGAGGAGGUUAAUUUCUACAAGGAACUGGGUAUUGCUAACCCAUUCCUUCCCGGAAUUGGGAAGCCAGGCCUUCAUUCCUCCACUGUGGCUCGGAAGUUCAUUAACCCCAAGUAUGGUUUAGUGGCAGGGGCAACCCGUGGUGAUAUGAUGCUCUGGGCUUCACGACACAGGCAGGAUAAUCAGGGGAACAUGGAAAAGGAAGAAACAAGUGAGUCAAAGAAACGGUUAAAUCAGUUUCUGAAUGACUUAAUCACAUUGGAGCAAGAGUUCCCAGAAAUUGAUCCACCUCUGGAGAACUUGAACAAGCUGAAUCGGAGCCCGCAGAAACUGUUCUCACGGCUCCACAUGGACCUGAAAAAUAAAUCCAAAUCCAGAGAGUCUAUUAGAGAUGUGAAGAAAGAAGAUGCACAGGCCAAUUCAAAGCAAGGAAAACGGUUUGCCAGUGGGCUUUUCAGUCGCAAGGCCAAAAGGUCUCCAGGCUCAAGCAUUGAGGCCAAUUCUUUUGCCAGUGAAGGACAUUCAGGAGAAGACCUUGGGAACAUGAAACUGGAAUAUGAGCGUCUCAGCAUUGGCCAUGCCAGUGUUCGGAGCACUGGAGGCAUCUCAGGUAACGUGGGUCCAAACUCCACUACGAGCGAUAAAAACAAACAACCUACCUGUGUGUUAUCUUGA